AUGACGCGCUUGAUCGCUGUCCUGUGGCUGCUACAACUGCACGCUUUUGGCGCGUUUGCACUGCUGCAACCCCAGCAGCAGCAGUCCAUUCAAACGACUCCUGUUGUGAUUUGCCCAGGCUUUGGCAAUGAUCAGAUUGACUACUACGAGCCAUUACAACAACCGCGGCAAGUGGGUCUCAUCGCUGCCUUGGAGCGUCGUGGUUUUGACCCGGAUUUGAUCUUUACGAUUCCCGUGCAACGCAGUGAUUGGAUCCGAGUGGCCGGUGGUCUAUUGGAUUGGAAAUUCUAUGCCAACCAAGCCUUGCCAACCGGAAAUGGCUACGGUUGGUAUUUGAAGCGGUUUCAAGAGACGGUCGACAAGGCAUACGAAUCAUCAUUGGCUGUAAACAAUAACAAUAAUAAUGAAGCAUCCCGCGUUCUGGUAAUUGGUCAUUCAGCCGGUGGAUGGUUGGCACGAGCUGGAAUGGGGGGUGGUGUGUGGGAUCCCGACACGGAAACCAAGACGGCCGAUCGAAUUUGUGGCUUGGUCACUGUGGGAGCAAUUCACAAACCACCCGUGGAUGUCGGAUCCUGUGUCACGCGGGGAGCUCUCGCCUACACGGAUCAGGCAUAUCCCGGAGCCUUUUUGAAGGGCAUUGGCUAUGUGUCGGUGGGUGGAGAUGCCAUUGUGGGAGACAACUCAAAAGAGAUUGAGCCCGAGAGUCAAGCCGAUUCCCUCUACGCCACACGAGGAGAAGGAUCUGCCGCUAGAGUGGCUUUUACAUCGUACGACGCAGUUUGUGGAACGGGCGACGUGACUGGAGAUGGUGUUGUGCCAUUGGAAUGGACUGCGCUGGAAGGAGCAAAGCAACUCAAACUGGACGGUGUCCUCCAUUCCAUUAAUGAAGCGGGAACAACUAUUCCUACAGAUAGGUGGUAUGGAUCAGAGGGAGUCAUUGAUCGGUGGUUGCCAACAGCCUUGGAGGAGGCGGGGAUCUCCACCUCCAGCGCCAACAGCAGUAGCAAUACCAAUGCAAAUACGUUUGAUCUUGAUGGCCUUCAAAAGUGGGCCUCUGGGAUCUUCCAACAGCAACAAUAA